CGUGAGGCAUGAUGAGUAGCCAGAGGUAUCGGGGCUUCAGAAGAAGGUUGCUUGACUACCAAGUGUUACGGGGCCAGCUGCUGCCCGUCAAAGAUGAACCGGCCCGACAUGGCGACGCUGAUAGCGAGGGGGAAGCUGACGAUUUUGAGGACGUCGAUCCUCAGUUUCUGGACGCGGACGAAAUCCACCAAGGUGGAGUCGUGGUGAAUGCAUGGAGCCCCCCGAAGACCACGGUCUUUAUUAAGGAUGAAGAUGGACAGCAGCAUCGUGUGACAGGACCAUUCUCCUUGCUGGAUCCAUGGUGGUCUGUGACUGUGGAGGUGAAGCAUGGCACCUCGCAUUAUUUUACACAAGGCUACCCGUCGUAUGAACUUCUAAACGAUGUACUUGGAGAGGAAACCAUGCUCCCCCUGUUCCUUAGCACUUGCAAAAUUGAGGAGUCUUUAAAAAAACGUUUUUUGGAAUGGCUACCUCCAAGUAUCAGGGUGACUUUCAGUGAUCUGAGGGAGAUAGCAGAAGACUUUCACGAGGAGAACAAUAUCAAGAUUAUGCCUUUGAUUGAAAAAUCAACUGCUGGUAGCAUUGCUAUGAAAGCCCUGGACAUUCCUCUGGUAUUGAGAUAUUUGCCCAGGCUUUUACCACGCCAUGUUAAAAGCUUGCUUAUGAUGGAAGGGAAGCAUGAGUCUCAUGGUGUAAAGGAGAUUCCUGACCUAUUACCUCAGGUUGAAGCCAUAUUAGAUUCCAGUCCCUGGAAACUUGGAUUUGGCCAGAUUGUUUAUAGGGAGUUACAACUUUACCAUUGUGAGGCAUCUUGGGAAAACUUUCUUGCUUGUCAACCUCUCUUGGAAAAGAUUCCUGACCUCCAGAAACAUGCAUUAAUUAUUUAUAGUGAACUAAAGAGAAAGUGCAAUGAAUUAGGGGAUACCUAUGUAGAACAAAAAGAACUUACUAAAGCAGUUUCAAGGGACAUGUCAACUGAGCUUGCAUGGGAGGGAAUGAAGUUUUUAAAAGAUAAUAAAAUUGUGGUGUUGGAAGGGCAGAGGGUCUUCCUGUGCAGCCUUUACCGAUAUGAAAUGGAUAUUGCAGAUUAUAUCCACAGACUUAUAAAGAAAGAGCCCUGGAUAUUGGAUGUUGAUGCAGAUGAAGUACUGGGAGGUGCUCAGCAUGUUGAUCCCGAAGAAGCCUUCUGUAACGAUGAGGCGCUUGGUGACUGCUCUAGAAACCCUUGUGCGAAAGCCCUGGAUGAAGACCAGAAAAGAGCUGUCCAAAUGAUAUGUUCGAACCCUGUGACUGUCAUAAGUGGCAAGGGUGGUUGUGGAAAGACUACUGUUGUCAGCCUCGUGUUCAAGUUCUUGAUCAGGAAGGAGAAUAAAGAAAUAGAAGAGGCAUGUAAAGCCCUUGAGAGCGAUAUGGAUGCUUCUGACGAGUGGGAAUUUGGGCACAUGACAUCUAGUCUCAAAAAAGGAGACCAUAUGCAUAUCUUACUCACUGCGCCCACCGGGAAAGCUGCCUCUCUGUUGAAGAAAAAAACAGACCUGCCUUCAGCUACCUUACACCAGGUGACAUGCAGCUUCUCUCGCUGGAAAAAUCGUGCCGCUGAUAUUGAUCAGAAACAUGACUGGAAGUAUUCAAAAGUGGAGGUUCUGGUUGUAGAUGAAGGAAGCUUGGUGUCUGUUCAUAUAUUAAGCACUGCAUUAAAGUUACUCUACAACCAUGGCAAACUUGCAAAGCUAAUAAUACUUGGAGAUGUUAGACAGCUACCCAGCAUUCAGCCUGGAAACCUGCUUGCUGAUAUAUUUACAGCUCUGGAUAAAAUGAAAUGGGCAGUCGAGCUAAGGACAAAUCAUAGAGCGGAGUCGCAGCUCAUUGUGGAUAAUGCAACACGAAUUUCUCAGCAAACAUCUGUUGAAUUUGAUGCCGUGAUACAGCUUUCUAAUGAUACAGAUGUUGAAAUGCCCAGUGAAGACAAGAGAUUUAUUUUAGUUUCUCUCACCGAUGGAAGUGACAAUGAAUUGCACAGUGCCAUAAAGAAGCUUCUUGAAAAAGGACCAGGAUUACAAGAUGAUAAACAUUCCCAAUUUAUUGCUUUCCGGAGGAAGGAUUGCAUGUCCAUAAACGAGUUGUGUUGCAAAUAUUAUUCUGGACAUAGUAUCAAGACUCAUAAGGAUAAACUUGACUUCCGCUGUGGUGACAAGGUGUGUUGCACCAAAAAUGCCUAUGUUAAAGAUCUUGUAACAAGGGCAGCUAAGGAUGGAUCAGAGACCGAGGCAACUUGCGCCAAAUUGAUUGGCACUGAAGACCCAAAGGAGCAAAUACCUUGUAGAAAUGUGAAUGAUAAUCAACAUAGUUCACAGGCUCAAGUCAAAAGCGAGCUGAAUGAGGAUGAAAGACUGUGCAAUGGAGAAAUAUUUUUCAUAAUAAAUGAUGUGGAAAUAAACAAAGUCCGAGAAUUAACUAUAACUGAUGAGGAUCGUAAAUAUACUUUGAAUUAUAAAGCUCUCAGAAGUAGAAGUGGAUUAAGGCAUGCUUGGGCACGAACCAUUCACACGUUCCAAGGCUCAGAAGAGGAUACAGUUGUGUACGUACUGGGUUCAGCUGGAAGGCAGAAUUGGAAACAUGUAUAUACAGCAAUAACGCGAGGCCGCAAGCGUGUAUAUGUGGUAGCCAAAAUGAAUCAACUGGACCAAGCAAUUUCCAAUAAGGCCCGUGAAAGAAAAACCCGUCUGCAACAGCGUUUGAAUGAGGAAUUUGCUCAAAGUAGAGGAAUGUUAAAUCCUACACGGCAGGAUACCCUCGUAAAGGCCAAUAAGGAUUUUGGUGACAAGGAUCUAAAUGUAAUGCCACAUAGCCAGCCGCAAACACCACCACGCUUUAAUUAUCCGUCGCAGCAGGUCACAACCCCAGAGUCAUCGUCUCACAGAGAGAGAGCAGCUGUAUCCGGAAACCAUUCCAACGAACAUGUUGCCAACUGUGCUACCGGGCACUCGCCCGUCCAGAAAAGAGCAGGAGUGUCCAUAGAACUCCAAACCCCUACCAAGUUAAGUCGGGUGGAGACUUGCAAGGAUGCGAUGGCCUCACCUUUGGCUUGUUCCAGUCUCCAAAAUCUCAGUAUCAGCGACUCCUGUCAGAAAAAGCUCUUUGAACCUUAAGUAUCAGAAGCACAAUCCCAAAUGUAAUAUUUAAUGUUUUAUAGAAAUAAUUACAGCGGAUCAUUUUGUUUAUUA